AUGACAUCUCGGAGGUGGUUUCACCCCAACAUCACUGGGGUGGAGGCGGAGAACCUCCUGCUGACUCGCGGCGUGGACGGCAGCUUUUUAGCAAGACCAAGCAAGAGUAACCCCGGAGACUUCACCUUGUCAGUGAGGCGGAAUGGCGCCGUCACCCACAUCAAGAUCCAGAACACCGGCGACUACUAUGACCUGUACGGCGGCGAGAAGUUCGCCACUCUGGCCGAGCUGGUGCAGUACUACAUGGAGCACCACGGGCAGCUGAAGGAGAAGAACGGCGAUGUCAUCGAGCUCAAGUAUCCCCUCAACUGCGCCGACCCGACGUCUGAGAGGUGGUUCCACGGGCACCUGUCGGGCCGCGAGGCUGAGAAGCUCCUCACAGAGAAAGGCAAAAACGGCAGCUUCCUGGUGCGAGAGAGUCAGAGUCAUCCUGGAGACUUUGUGCUGUCAGUGCGCACGGGCGACGACAAGACUGACAGCAGCGACAGCAAGCCCAAAGUCACGCACGUCAUGAUCCGAUGCCAGCACGACCUGAAGUAUGACGUUGGCGGCGGCGAGAAGUUUGACUCCCUCACAGACCUGGUGGAGCACUACAAAAAGAACCCCAUGGUGGAGACCCUCGGCACCGUGCUGCAGCUCAAGCAGCCCCUCAACACCACUCGGAUCAAUGCGGCCGAGAUCGAAAGUCGAGUGCGGGAACUCAGCAAGCUGGCGGAGGCCACAGAUAAAGUCAAGCAAGGUUUUUGGGAGGAGUUCGAGACUUUACAGCAGCAGGAGUGCAAGCUGCUCUACAGCCGCAAAGAGGGUCAGAGGGCCGAGAACAAGAACAAGAACCGAUACAAGAAUAUUCUGCCUUUCGACCACACGCGGGUGGUCCUGACGGACGGCGACCCCAAUGAGCCUGGCUCUGACUACAUCAACGCCAACAUCAUCGCGGUGGUGUCGCCCAGCGCGGUAAAUGACAACAAGCCCAGGAAGUCGUACAUCGCCACACAGGGCUGCCUGCAGAACACCAUCAGCGACUUCUGGAGGAUGGUGUUCCAGGAGAACUCGCGGGUCAUCGUCAUGACCACUAAGGAGGUGGAGAGAGGCAAGAGUAAAUGCGUCAAGUACUGGCCUGAGAUGUCUGCUCUGAAGGAAUACGGCGCCAUGCGCGUCCGCAACGUCCGAGAAACUUCGGCGCACGACUACAUCCUUAGAGAACUCAAACUCUCCAAAGUGGGUCAGUCUCUGCCUUCACCGCAGGGCAAUACGGAGCGCACGGUGUGGCAGUACCACUUUCGGGCGUGGCCCGACCACGGCGUCCCAGCUGACCCCGGCGGCGUCCUGGACUUCUUAGAGGAGGUCAACCUCAAGCAGGAGAGUAUCCAGGACGCCGGGCCCAUCGCCGUGCACUGCAGCGCUGGGAUCGGGCGCACGGGAACAUUCAUAGUCAUCGACAUUCUCAUCGACGUCAUCCGAGAAAAAGGCGUGGAUUGCGACAUCGACGUUCCCAAGAGCAUCCAGAUGGUCCGUUCCCAGCGCUCCGGAAUGGUGCAGACAGAGGCUCAAUACCGCUUUAUUUACAUGGCCGUGCAACACUACAUCGAGACGCUUCAGAGGCGCAUCGUGGAGGAGCAGAAAAGUAAGAUCAAAGGUCGCGAGUACACCAACAUCAAGUAUUCUCUGUCGGACCUGACGGGCGGCGAGCAGAGUCCACUUCCCCCAUGCACGCCGCUGCCCACGCCCACCUGCGCAGACAUGCGUGAGGACAACUCCCGAGUCUACGAGAACGUCGGCCUGAUGCAGCAGCAGAAGAGCUUCAGAUGA